CCCGCCUUCUCUUGCGCUGUCGCCACAGCAGCUUCUGCACCCGCUUCGUUCGUCGCUGGGCCUUGCUUUUGUGACGACCUCUGCCGCCCUCCUCCAGAUCCGCCCACCAUGACGAAACCGCGUCGCGGAGUGCAGUUCCCCCGCCGCAAUGGCAGCAUGGGCUCAGAAGGCCGCCGGUCAAGUAUGAGCGGCAGCGAGGACGGCUCGUCGCCGCUCAAGACCAUGAACUCGCCCAAGCUUGAUGGCAUCAACGAGAUCCCCAAAGGCACGCAAGACGAGCAGGCGCCCCCACAAUCCGACUACGAGAAAAAGAAGGCUGUCUUCUUCGUGCGCACCUUCUGGACACUCGUCAUGAUCGCCCUCUUCUUCGGCGCCCUCUUCAUGGGCCACAUCUACAUCCUCGCCUGCAUCACCGCCGUCCAGAUCAUCUGUUUCAAGGAGGUCAUUGCCAUUGCCAGCUUGCCCACAAAGGCCCGCGACCUCAAGGCCAUCAAGAGCCUCAACUGGUACUGGCUCGGCACCACCAUGUACUUUCUCUAUGGCGAGAGCGUCAUCUACUACUUUAAGCACAUUGUUCUGGUCGACAAGGCCCUCCUGCCGCUCGCGACGCACCACCGCUUCAUCAGCUUCGUCCUCUACGUUAUAGGAUUCGUCUUCUUCGUCGCCAACCUCCGCUCCGGCCACCUCAAGUUCCAGUUCACCAACUUUGCCUGGACGCACAUGGCGUUAUAUCUGAUUGUCGUUCAGGCCCACUUCAUCAUGAACAACGUCUUUGAGGGCAUGAUCUGGUUCUUCCUGCCUGCCUCGCUCGUCAUCACCAACGACAUUUUCGCGUACCUAUGCGGAAUCACGUUCGGUCGCACUCAGCUGCUCAAGAUCUCGCCCAAGAAGACGGUCGAGGGCUUUGUGGGAGCAUGGAUCUGCACCAUCAUCUGGGCGUUCAUCACGACGAACCUCCUCAUGCGCUCGUCUUACUUCAUCUGUCCCGCCCACGACCUCGGUGCCAACAUCUUCACGGGCCUCGAGUGCGAGCCCAACCCGGUUUUCCUGCCCAAGCUCUACGAGCUGCCGCACUUUUUCUUCCUCCCCGAGGGCACCAACAUUUCCUUUACCAUGGAGCCCAUGCAGAUCCACGCCAUCAUGUUUGCGACGUUUGCCUCGUUGAUUGCCCCCUUUGGCGGCUUCUUCGCCUCGGGUCUCAAGCGCACAUUCAAGAUCAAGGACUUUGGUGAUUCCAUCCCCGGUCACGGCGGCAUGACGGAUCGCAUGGACUGCCAGUUCAUCAUGGGCUGCUUCGCUUUCAUGUACUACCACAACUUUAUCGCCCAGUACAACGUCACGUACGCCGACCUGCUCGAGCUCGCCAUCAACGGCCUGUCGAGCCACGACCAGAAGGAGCUGGUCAAGGGCCUGAGCCAGUAUCUCGAAAACCAGGGUGUCUACGGACCUGAGGUAUGUUUUGCAUGGCCCCCUUUUCUGUUUCUGUCCCGCCAGAUGGCGUGCACGUAAAUAGCAACUAACCUUGCUUGUGCAUGUAGGUCGCUCGCUGUCUCGAGAAAGCCCUGCCUCAAAGGUAGCCUUUUUACUGUACAGGAUGGGACCUUAGAUAUCGAGGUU